GUCCAGAAGGCAGAAGUGGCAGCACCAUCCCUUCCUCUGAAACACCCCCCAGCCGUGAAGUCCCCGAUGCAGGUGACAGUGUGGACGCUGCAGCAGAACCAGCAGAAGCGGGCAGUGCCCCCAGGUCCAGUGGGGAGAACGGAGGAACGACGGCAGAACUGCCAUCGCUGCCCUGCCUGGCCUCCUGGAACGAUGGCCCAUCCUCUUCCUACUUGAGUCCUCCACAGCCCAAGCCCACCGAUGAGAGUGGGCAGAUGCCCAAGUGUGAGGCGGGGGGGAUCCCCAACAUUGGUUUUGUGGGCAAGCCCCCACCCUACACCCCGCCGGACCCCAAGGCUGUCCAUAUGCUCUACCCACCCUUCCCGUCGGGCUUCUCUGGGCAGAUGCCUAUUCUGUAUCAGCCGGGGCCUUCGCCGCAGCCUCUCUACCCCGCGGCGCCAUCAGCCACCCCUCUGUAUCCAUCAGGACCGUCUCCAUCAUCCAUGUACCCACCAGGCCCUUCACCACAGGCGAUGUACCCGUCAGCAAACCUGCCUUCUGGAGCCUUCCCUUACACCAUUUAUAACAACCCUAUGAACAGUAUGUCGGCCGCUAUGGACCGGAGGCCCCUGCCUAAGGAUUACAUGGUAGAAUCUGUGUUGGUAACGCUCUUCUGCUGCCUGAUUACUGGGGUCAUCGCCAUUGUCUACUCGCAUGAGACCCGAGCGGCUCUGAGCCGUGGAGACCUGGCCCAGGCGGAACAGGCGUCAAAGAAAGCCCGCUCCUUGGUGCUCUUCAGCCUGCUUUUUGGGGUCUUCGUGUCUACCAGCUGGGUCAUCUAUGUCAUAGUGGCGCUCUACAUUCCCUGAGGGGCCUCUUCUGGGACUUCUCCUCCGGAUGCCCAGGGCAACACCCGGCUGCUGCCCAGGACGUGUAAGAUGAAAACGCCCAGCAUAUCCAGGCUGCUCUUAUUUCUGUGGACUCUUCGCUCCUCUGCCUCCUGCCCUGCAGGGAGAGUGCGAGGUCUCCAGUGCUGCUACUCUGCCUCCACUCUGUCCCUGUGACUCUGCUACUUGGGUUGCCAGCCCUUUGACUGUAACUCACUGUGGCCCAGGACUCCACCUUAGAUGUUGGGGGCUUUAGCAUGGACCCUCUGAGCUGUGAUGGAGCUCCCCACCCAGGGCUAAUCUCUGCCUUUCUAUUGGCCUUCCCAGCACAGAAGAUGAAAAUGUGUGUGUGUGAGAGAGAGAAAGAGAGAGAGAGAGACAGACAGA